CUGAUAACGAUCUGGGAGCACGUGUUGUUGGGGAGAAAUUCGAAUUUUUUUUUUCGCCUUGUACCAUGCUCUCGCUCGCACGUGCCUGGAACAGAGAGAGAAACGUAUGCUAUAUAAACAGAAGUGAUGAGAGGAAAAUGUAGGGAGAGGAAAAUGAUGAGAGGAAGAAGCAGGCGAAGAGGAAGUUGGUGUUUGGGGCACGACCCUGAGGUUGGCGGGGGAGAGGAGGAGGAGUCAAUCUGCUCACAAACAAAGAAACGUGCUGCAGUGGAGAACAAGUCAUCACUUGUCACCCUGAUGAAGGAAGUGCAGAGGGCAGAGGAGGAUGAGAGGAGGGAGAUGGACUCUGUUCAACUCAUCAAUCAGCCUGCACCCAAACCCUGGGUGCCACUGAGAGAGUUGAAAGAGGAUGUACCCUACCCCAUUAUCAGCGCAAGGGAGCAUACCAAUAAACACGGUUGGCGUGUAAUUUUAAAAAUAAGGAAUGCAGGAAGCAAAUCUACCUCAAAGAUUUGCUUCCUGCAUUAG